CACGAUUGGUCGAGGGGUGGUGACGUCAGGGGCGGGGCUGUUCCGGGAUGGGAACCACGUGCCGGCCGCCGCCGCGCCUUCGCCGGGCGGGGCGGCUGCUGAGGCGAGCCAUGAGCGGGUGCGUUUGGGAACUCGGACCCCCGGGGAAGCGGUGGCUGGUGGCCGGCCUGGGGAACCCCGGGCUUCCCGGCACGCGGCACAGCGUGGGGAUGGCGGUGCUGGGGCAGCUGGCGCGGCGUCUGGGGGUGGCGGAGCGCUGGGCCCGCGACCGCCGCUGCGCCGCCGACCUCGCCCGGGCCGCGCUGGGGGACGCCCAGCUGGUCCUGCUGCGGCCGCGGCGGCUCAUGAAUGCCAACGGGCGCAGCGUGGCCCGCGCCGCGGAGCUGUUGGGGCUGACUGCCGAGGAGGUCUACCUGGUGCACGACGACCUGGACAAGCCGCUGGGGAAACUGGCUCUGAAGCUGGGGGGAAGCGCCAGGGGCCAUAAUGGAGUCCGUUCCUGCAUUAGCUGCCUCAACUCCAACCUGCCUGCGCCCCUCUGCUCCUCACAGGCAAUGCCCCGGCUGCGGGUGGGCAUCGGGCGCCCGACACACCCCAAUGCAGUGCAGGCACACGUGCUGGGCCGCUUCUCCCCGUCGGAGCAGGAACUGCUGCCCCCAGUGCUGGAGCGUGCCACAGACCUGCUCCUGGACCACAUCCGCGAGCGAAGCCAGGGGCCCUGGUCAGGCACCUGACACCAGUGGGCACCGCUGCCUGCUCACCUGCCAUGCCCAGAUACCCAGCCACGUCCACAGAGGUGUCACGCCAACCUGCGGGAUCCACAUUUUAUAUAACUUGUCUGGACUACUCUAGGCUUUCUGGGAUUAAAAGGGACUGGGGCUGGAUCGGUCCAUUUUGGGGAUGAGGGUUGGUCUUCUCUCUGUGUCUUACUUGGAAAGUAGGGAAACUUCAGGAAGACUGAGCUUUUUCAUCUUUUUUGAAGACUCGGAGGGUUGGAACUGUAAGAUUAAAGAUGCCUGCUCAGAAGCUGAA